CUCACACUCAUACACACUCACACACUCCUCCAGCCCCACUGCCCCCACCAUGGCCGCCUCCAACCUGUCCGUCUGCUCCAGUGACCUGAGCUACGGCAGCCAGGUCUGCCUGCCUGGUUCCUGUGACUCCUGCACCAGCUCCUCCUGGCAGUGGGACGACUGUCCGGAGAGCUGCUGUGAGCCCCCCUGCUGCGCCCCCAGCAGCUGCGCCCCAGCGGCCUGCCUGACCCUCGUCUGCACCCCAGCGAGCUGUGUGUCCAACCCCUGCCUGUCAGGCUGCACCAGCUCCUGCACCACCUCCUGCUGCCAGCAGUCUAGCUGCCAGCCGUCCUGCUGCACCUCCUCCCCCUGCCAGCAGGACUGCUGUGUGUCCCUCUGCUGCACACCUGUGAGCUGCAAGAUCGUGUGCUGUGAGGCCUCCCCCUGCUCAGACUCUUCCUACUGCCAGCCGUCCUGCUGCACCUCGUCCCCCUGCCAGCAGGCCUGCUGUGUGCCCGUCUGCUGCAGGUCUGUCUGUUGCACACCUGUGUGCUGCACACCGGCGUGCUGCGAGGCCUCCCCCUGCUCGGCCUCCUUGUGCUGCCAGCCCAGCCCCUGCCCCUCGUCCUGCUGCAGACCCUCGUCCUCCGUGUCCCUCCUCUGCCGGCCCGUGUGCCGCCCUGCCUGCUGCGUGCCCGUUUCCUCCUGCUGUGCCCCCGCCUCCUCCUGCCAGCCCAGCUGCCGCCGCCCGGCCUCCUGCGUGUCUCUGCUCUGCCGCCCCGCGUGCUCCCGCCCCGCCUGCUUCUGACCCGCUGGACCGUCUACCCCUCCAAGCUGCUGUCCGAUCCUGAGCUCAAGCGUCCUCUCGGGAGUCCCUGGAGCCCCUCUGCUGGCACCAGGACCGCCCCACAUCAGUGGACACACAGUGGCUGCCUAGAAGGGAUCUGAACACACUCCACCCCCCACCCCAGCCUUCAGUGAGGGGGACUUCAAGGCCCCCGGGACCCCCCUCGGCAGAGUUGGUUGCUCGUAUCCCAUGUAACCAAGGUCAGCUGCUCUCAUCAAUAAAAUAUAUGUGUCAG